AUGGACUUUGGGCAACAAGCAUUUUCCAAUCUGAACUUCGGGUACGUUCCGUUUUAUGCAAAAUCUUAUAAAAAUAAAACUUAUUUUUCAAAGAUCUUAUUUUUUUACAUUUCAGAGGCAGACCAGCCCUCAGACCUCGAGUCCCAAUCCAACCACCGCCUGGAGCUCAUUUUGGAUACGAUCCCUUUGAGAAUCCGAUUGAAGCACUGUUACCAAUCGACGACUCGUUCAGACAAACUGUGCAUCCAGUUGAUGAUAAAGGUCACAUCAUUUUCCGACCAGCUGGCCAAGCUCCACAGCCACCACCACCCCCACCAUUAGAGACCCAGAUGACUGUGGUUGUUGAGGAAGGUGGAAUAGCGCCCAAAAAUGCAUUCGAGCCUACUGAUGAUCUUGAUCCUUAUGGGAAAAACGAGCCGAUUCAAUUGGAGGAACAUGUAAAACACAUCUCGCUCAAAGAAACUGGCAUCAACGAACACGAGUAUCAUCAUGGGUAAGAUAAUAUUUUGUUUAGUAGAAGGUAAAACUUAUACUAGGUCUUUAGACGUAUCAGAAAGAAAUAUGCAGAUAAUGCCACAUACUUUACAUAUUUAAAAUUUUUAGAUUGCUGCCACGCGAAGACAUAAAUCGUAUGUUGAAAGACCCUGGCGACUUUCUUCUACGAUGCACUACAGCUACAAACCAAGGACAACGUCAGACUUGUCUGUCAGUGAUGGGUGGCAAUGGAUUUGUAGAACAUUUCAUGAUCAAGAACGUAAAUGGACAGUUCUAUUUGACCGAUCAGAUGGGCUUCCCCAAUGUCAUCACCCUCGCCAACCAUUACCUGUUGAAGAAGAUACCUUUUGGCAGUCCUCCGGUUACCUUGAACAAGCCCGUCUGUAGGCAAGACUGGGAGUUCCAUCCUGAGAAAAUUACUUGUGGUAAGGUACUUGGAGCAGGAGCGUUUGGUCAAGUAUACCAUGGUAAACUGAGGGUACGACCGAAUGAAAAUGAGCUUGAAGUCGCUGUCAAAACGGUAAGUGACAUCUGAUUGGGACAUGAGUUGCUGGGAUUAUAGGAUGGAAAUCUUCUUCAGCAAGAUUUUUGAGAGCAUCUCUCAAUAACCAUUAACUUUAGAUGAAAGUGACAUUGAUGACCAAGGAGAAGAUCGAAGAGACGAUGAAGGAAGCCAGACUGAUGCGGAUGCUUCGUCACAAGAACAUCGUCAGAUGCUACGGUGUAUGUGCAGAUACCGAGCCAUUGAUGCUUGUGAUUGAAUAUGUUCCAGGUGGUAGUCUACAUGCUUAUCUGAAGGCUCGUAACAUCAACAUUACCAUUGAUGACAGAGUUUCGAUGGCAUAUGAUGCUGCUUGUGGACUCCACCACAUUCAUCGUCAUACUAUUUUACAUCGGUAAGAGGUUAUGCAAUAUAUUAUGUUUUGAUGAAAAAGGCUAUUAUAAUAUUUAAAUUCGAGAAUGUAGUCGUAGUUAGCAUACAUACAUAUACAUAAUAUGAACCUAAAGAAAUGUUUUUAGCGACAUUGCAGCAAGAAAUUGUCUGUACGGAAACAAAACCCUCAAGAUCAGUGACUUUGGACUGUCUCGCCUGGCUACGUACGUAAAGCUGGAGCCGCAUGAGAAGGCUUCGUUCAGAUACUUGGCUCCAGAAGUGUUUACCACACAACUGUUCACCACGGCCGCUGAUGUCUGGGCCUACGGAGUGCUCCUUUUCGAGAUCUUCAGUAAUGGCUCCGAACCGUAUCCGAAUUGGACCGGUGCUCAAAUCAGGGCCAAAGUAAUAUUCCGGACUUUACUUUCAUACUCAUUUACAUAGUAUAACAUUGUCACAAAUCCUUGUGAUGUACCACCUUUUCCUUUUAACGUUUUAGGUAUCGAAAGACGGCAGUCAACUGACACUACCAGAGUGGGCCCCUCCAUUCAUUAAGGAAGUUGUGGCCAAGGCCUUCACCAUGAAUCCUGAUAAUCGCUGUAAAGUGCAUGACAUUAUUUUGUUGAUAGACUCAGCCAAGCAGUAAGUGUUUAGAAGGGAUAAUUAACGCUUAUCGUUAAAUGAUUUAGCUAUCGAAAGAAGUUCCAACAAGCAAAAGCCGCAAAACAAAAGAAGACCAAAGGUCAUAAAGACAAGAAGGAUAAUACUAGUGCCCAGAAGACUAAAGAGAAAACAAAACCUCAGAAGAAAAAGCAGAAGGAGAACAAUAAGAAGUCUAUGUUCAAAAAGUUGAAAUAA